CUCGUUUUUCUUCUCGAAACUAAACUGAAACUUUCAUAUUAGGCUUUGUACUUUACACUUACAUAAUAUUUUGUAUUAGGAUUUUAUUAAUUUAAUUACGUGUCAUUUUUAGGCUCAUUACAUCAUAAAUAAAUUAAAAUUAUCUUCAGAUAAAAUUUUAUCUAAUAUUUUAAUCUUGAAAAAAGAAAAAAAAUUAUGAGCGGUUCUAGUACGACGACACUUACAGUGUUAACCUUAAAUUGCUGGGGUCUGAAAUAUAUCUCCAAGAAAGUUGAUCAACGUAUGGAAGCUAUUGCAGAUAACUUGGCUCAUUCGGACUAUGAAAUCGUUUGUUUACAAGAAGUUUGGGUAUAUAAAAAUUUUGAAGGCAUUAAAAGUAAAGCAAAAAAACGAUUUCCUUACGCUAGGUUUUAUAACAGUGGUGUUUUUGGUACAGGUCUUGUCAUCCUUUCACGAUAUCCAAUAGUUGAUGUAUCUUUUUAUCCAUAUCGUUUAAACGGUAUGCCUAUUAAAUUUACGCAUGGCGAUUGGUAUGUUAGUAAAGGAGUAGCCAGCGCUGUUGUUGACCAUCCUGUGGCCGGAUUAAUUGAAGUUUUUAAUACUCAUACCCAUGCAGGAUAUGGUUCAAAAAAAAAUGAUGCAUAUUUGGGCCAUAGAGUUUCGCAAGGUUGGGAAAUAUCAAACUUAUUAAAAUCUUCAGCAUCAAGAGGGCGUAAUGUAAUUGCUAUGGGCGAUUUCAACAGUGAUCCAGAAACCUUGGUACAUAAAUUAAUUACUACGCACGGACAAAUGACAGAUGCUUGGCAAUCUCAACAUCCAUCUACUCCAGCUAGUAUAUCUACUACUUCAAUUAACCAUAAUACAUCAACUACAUUCGACCCAAAUAAUGCUAUAAUUCAGAAAGGUUACACUAGCAAUUCUCCAUUAAACACAUGGUCAAAGAGAAGUGUCAAACAAGCAGUACGUGAUCGCUAUGCAGGUCAGCGCAUCGACUUCGUCUUUUAUCGAAAAACAUCUAGAUUUUGGUGUAGCGGUUCUCGUGUUGUUUUUACGGAAAAAAUACCCGAAUUUGGUAUCAGUUAUUCGGAUCAUUUUGGAGUGGAAGCUACAUUUACACUCGUUGGACGAGAUAAAAAUGCUGUAAUCCCACUUUCAGUGUGGGAGCUAGGUGCAUAUGAGCAUUUACAUGAGUUGGAUACCCGUACUCUCAAAGAUAUAGGAGAUCUUUUUAAGAAAGAUUUGAACAGAUCACAAGCAUCUUCGCACAUUCAUUUAUUUUUUUUUUAUCUCUCUUUACUUGUGAUAAUUGGCUUGAUUGUCUUGGAAGUUCUGUUCUCUACAGGAGUUAUAUUGACAUACCUUUGGGUUAAUAUAAUUAUUAUUGUAGCUAUUGCUCCAAUUACAGCUUUUGGUACUAUAAUGGGAUUGCACGGGUUUCUUUUUGGUAAUGUAGAACAAAGUGCACUAAAUCAGUUCAUUCAAGAAGUUCAAUCUUAUGCUGAGGGAAAAAAAGUUCUUGAGAGUCGUGCGAGUAGUGUUGCAUUCCUCGAUGAUAAUGGAAGCAGUCAUAGGUCUUCUGCUGUUGCUGGCACAUCAUCUCAAAUCGAAAUUGAUCCGCGAUUUAAAUUGUAAUAUAAUUUAUUUUAUUUAAUUAGGGGGCUAGAUUUGGAUUCUUCAUUUUUACUGUGUUCUAGUGGCUAAUUUUUAUGCGAGACACUAUUUGUAUACCUAUUAUAUAGUAUAUACAUAUUGGCUUUGCUUUAAUUUACAAAAUUUUUUAAUUUAAUUAGUUCUUCUAUA